UUUUUUUUUUCUUUCUCCAUUUUCUUUACUAGAAAAAAAAAAAGAGCUCAUUACUGGAUGUCAACAUGAAAACAGGAAUUUACCUACUUCUCUUAAGUGAAAUGUGUGUUGAAAUCAUCAAGGCUGGCAUCAAACCUAAAAUUCCAAAGAAGGAAAAAGAGAGUAAUUUCUUGGAAAGAAAUAAAAAUGUCAAUAUUUCUGAAGAGUGGCAUUAUCGUAAAAAUAUCUCUAAGCCUAUUGAAGACCAAGGUCUUGAAGAGUUCACACUUCACAACUUUACUGAAAAGACUGCAAAUUUUGGAUUUAACCUCUACAGAAAAAUUGCAAUGACACAUGAUAAUAAUGUAAUCAUUGCUCCCCUUUCUGUAUCAGCUCUCAUGACUGCAUAUAUGCUGGCAGCCAAAGGGGAAACACACAGACAAAUAGUAAAAGGUCUAGACCUCCAUGCUUUGAAGGACAGAGUGGAUCGCCAUCAUUUACCAGCUUUGUUUAAACAACUGAAAGAUAACAUCACAAUGAAUGAAGAACUUCUCCUUGUGCAAGGUACUCUUUCUUUUAUCCAAAAGGACUUCAGACUCAAGGAGUCUUUCCUCAAUUUAUCUAAGCAGUACUUUGAUAUGGAAUUCCUGAGAGUGGACUUUCAAAACUUCACACAGGCAAAACGUGUCAUAAAUCAAAACAUAAACAAAAGGACCAAAGGAAAAAUUCCAGACCUUUUUGAAGAGCUUGACCGCCAUAAUAAACUGCUACUUGUGGACUACAUUGUCUUUAAAGGCAAGUGGGUCUAUCCAUUUAAUUCCGAAUUCACAGAAAUUGAGACUUUCCACAUAAACAAAUACAGAAGCGUACAGGUACCCAUGAUGUUCAAGUCAGAUAAAGUUAAUUCAACUUUUGAUGAGAAUUUAAGAUGCACUGUGAUAAAGCUACCCUACAAAGGGAAAGCCCACAUGCUGAUUGUCAUCCCAGAAAAAGAGGGAGAUUACAUUUCAAUUGAAGACCAUUUGACUACAGAGCUUGUGGAAUCCUGGCUUGGAAACAUGAAAACCAGCAGAAAAGUGGAUAUUUCAUUUCCAAAGUUCAAACUAGAGCAAAAAUACAAAAUGAAGAAAUUGCUUCAUGCUCUUGGAAUUAAAAAUCUCUUUACACGUACAGCAGAUCUUAGUCAUCUCACAGAUCAAGGAUAUGUAGCAGUUUCACAGGUUGUCCAAAAGGCAGUAAUUGAAGUGGAUGAAGAAGGAACUGAGGCCACAGCAGCUACUGGGUCAGAAAUAACUGCAUUCACAGUGCCUCCUGUCAUCAAAGUGGACCGACCGUUCCUUUUUAUGAUUUUUGAAGAAACUUUUAAAACAUUACUCUUCAUUGGCAGGGUGGUUGAUCCAACAGAAAUGUGAAUAAAGGUAUCAGUUUCUA